CAUCUUCAUUUCUCUCGAUCUUUCCCUUCAAACCCUAUAAAUCUCAUUCUUCAAUUCUUUCUCCAUAAUUCAGAAUAAUCUCAUUCAAAUUCAUACCCCACUUUCCAAAAAACGAGCUAAAAGACCUCUCUUUCUUUCUCUUUCACUUUCACACUACUCUGUUUUCUGAACCUCAACCUUUUCCGGCUAUGGCGGCCAAAACUGAAGGCAAAGCCAUUGGCAUCGACCUCGGCACCACCUACAGCUGCGUCGGUGUUUGGCUCAAUGAUCGUGUUGAAAUUAUCCCCAAUGAUCAAGGUAACCGAACCACUCCUUCUUAUGUAGCUUUCACUGAUACUGAGCGUUUGAUUGGCGAUGCCGCCAAGAAUCAAGUCGCUAUGAAUCCUCAGAACACUGUCUUCGACGCCAAGCGUUUGAUCGGCCGACGACUUUCUGAUCCGUCUGUUCAGAGUGAUAUGAAGCUCUGGCCAUUCAAAGUGGUUGCCGGACCAGGAGACAAGCCGAUGAUCGUUGUCACGUAUAAAGGUGAAGAUAAACAGUUUGCUCCGGAGGAGAUUUCUUCUAUGGUUUUGACCAAGAUGAAGGAGAUCGCUGAAGCUUUUCUAGGGCAAACUAUCAAGAACGCGGUAAUUACAGUACCUGCUUAUUUCAACGAUUCACAAAGACAAGCGACGAAAGAUGCCGGUGCAAUUGCUGGUCUCAACGUGAUGCGUAUCAUCAAUGAACCAACGGCGGCGGCGAUUGCGUACGGAUUAGACAAAAAAGCCUCCCGUAGAGGUGAACAGAACGUGCUGAUCUUCGAUCUUGGCGGUGGAACUUUCGAUGUGUCCCUUUUGACAAUAGAAGAGGGGAUUUUCGAGGUGAAAGCCACUGCCGGCGAUACACAUCUUGGCGGAGAAGAUUUCGACAACAGACUUGUGAAUCAUUUCGUUUCAGAAUUCAAGCGGAAGAACAAGAAGGAUAUUAGCGGAAAUGCUAGGGCAUUGAGGAGGUUGAGGACGGCGUGUGAACGAGCGAAACGAGCAUUGUCGUCAACGACACAAACAACGAUUGAAGUCGAUUCCUUGUACGAAGGGAUCGAUUUCUAUGCAACGAUAACAAGGGCUAGAUUUGAAGAACUGUGUAUGGAUAUGUUCAUGAAGUGUAUGGAGCCAGUGGAGAAAUGUAUUCGUGAUGCUAAAAUUGACAAGAGUCAAGUUCAUGAGGUGGUUUUGGUUGGUGGAUCUACUAGAAUUCCCAAAGUUCAACAGCUUUUGCAAGAUUACUUCAAUGGAAAGGAGCUUUGCAAAAGUAUCAAUCCGGAUGAAGCUGUCGCUUAUGGAGCUGCUGUUCAGGCUGCAAUUCUAAGUGGAGAAGGAGACGAGAAAGUUCAAGACCUUCUACUCCUCGACGUCACGCCUCUAAGUCUCGGCCUAGAGACAGCCGGCGGUGUAAUGACAGUCUUAAUACCAAGGAACACAACAAUCCCAACAAAGAAAGAACAAAUCUUCUCAACAUAUUCAGACAACCAGCCAGGUGUUCUAAUCCAAGUAUACGAAGGGGAGCGAGCAAGAACCAAAGACAACAACCUCCUCGGAAAAUUCGAGCUAACCGGCAUUCCUCCGGCACCAAGAGGUGUGCCACAAAUCAAUGUGACUUUCGACAUAGAUGCAAACGGCAUACUUAACGUUUCGGCAGAGGACAAAACCGCAGGAGUGAAGAACAAGAUAACGAUCACGAACGACAAGGGAAGAAUGAGCAAAGACGAAAUAGAAAGGCUAGUGAAAGAGGCGGAGAAGUACAAAGCAGAGGAUGAAGAAGUGAAGAAGAAGGUUGAAGCUAAGAAUGCAUUGGAGAACUAUGCAUAUAAUAUGAGGAAUACUGUGAGGGACGAGAAGUUUGCUGGGAAAUUGAAUCCUGAUGAUAAGCAAAAGAUUGAGAAAUCAGUGGAGGAGACAAUUGAAUGGUUGGAUAGGAAUCAGUUGGCUGAGGUUGAUGAGCUUGAAGACAAGCUGAAGGAGCUCGAGGGAGUUUGUAAUCCCAUCGUUGCUAAGAUGUAUCAGGGCGGUGCAGGCGGCGGUGUUCCGAUGGGCGAUGAUGUGCCCGGAAGUGGCUCAGGCCAGUCCGGCGGGGCUGGACCGAAGAUUGAGGAGGUUGAUUGAGGGAGGGUGAUAGGCGUUUGUGGUGUUUUUCAGUGUAGAAAUUGAGGAUAAUAUGAGAUGGCCUUCGGCCCUUUGUUUUCGUUUUUUCUUGAAUUACAAGAAAUAGGAUGUAUAGUUGGUUCUUUUCUUUGUUUCUUUGUUGCUGAAAAUGUUGAAGGGUUGUUGGUGUACGACGUUUGAGAGGGACUUGUAAUAAAAACUAGAAUCUACUUUCUUCUUUUUAA